AUGGCGUCGCCCCAGCUCCUGGGGGCCCUGCUGUGUCUGCUGCUGCUCCUGCUCCCGGCCUCAGGGGAGAAGCCCACGGAGGGGCCACGGAACGUCUGCCUGGGGCUCCUGGGGGCCGACCAGUACGACCCCUUCCUCCUGAACGACACAGCUGAGUGCUUCCAGAGGUGUCGACGGCGGCGGAGUGAGGUCUGCAACGUGGAGAAGCUGGAGAGAUACUGGCUCAACUACGAGAAGCACCUGGUGGAGAAUUUGAAGGGCGAGGUGGACUUGGGUUUCGUCAAGGCUGUGGUGCAGAACCUGAGCGCUGACAGCGUGGAGGACCUUCACUUCUCCCUGAAGCCCUCCGAGGUUCCGAGGCGGGUGGCGCAGGGCGAGGACAAGCCCCCCGAUGGAGUCCGACUUCCCAAGAGCCUUUUCAGCUCCCUGCCAGGCAACAGGUCCGUGAUCCGAUUGGCCGUGAUGGUUCUGGACAUCGGUCCGGGGACUGUUUUCAAGGGUCCCCAGCUCAGCCUGGAAGACGGCAGCCGCGUGCUGAACAACCGCCUGGUGGGCUUGAGUGUGAGCCAAACAGCUGUCACCGGGCUGGCUGAGCCCCUGGAGGUCACCUUCUCCCACCCACGCCAGCCCCCCAACCUGACCCUCACCUGCGUAUUCUGGGAUGUGACCAAAGGAGACUGGGCUUCCAGGGGCUGCUCCACGGAGCGUGGGGCCGAGGGGACUGUCUGCCUCUGUGACCACCUGACUUUCUUCGCCCUGCUCCUGAGGCCGAUCUUGGACCGGGCCACCGCGCAGGUCCUCACGCGCAUCUCCCAGGUGGGCUGCGGCGUCUCCAUGGUCUUCCUGGCCUUCACCAUUGUCAUGUAUGCUGUCCUGAGGUUCUCCCGGCAGAGGUUCAAGUCAGAGGACGCCCCCAAGAUCCACGUGGCCCUGAGCAGUAGCCUGUUCCUCCUGAAUCUGGCCUUCUUGGUCAACGUGGGGAGCGGCUCCGAGGGCUCCAGCGCCGCCUGCUGGGCCCGGGGCGCCAUCUUCCACUACUUCCUGCUGGCUGCCUUCACCUGGAUGGGCCUGGAGGCCUUCCACCUCUACCUGCUCGCCAUCCGGGUCUUCAACACCUACUUCGGGCACUACUUCCUGAAGCUGAGCCUGGUGGGCUGGGGCUUGCCCACCCUCAUGGUCAUCGGCGCCGGCAGUGCCAACAGCUACGGCCUCUACACCGUCCGUGACCAGGACAACCGCACCUCGCUGGAGCUGUGCUGGUUCCGUGGAGAAACCGCCCUCCAUGUCACUGUCCAUGGCUACUUCCUGGUCACCUUCCUCCUGGGUGCCGUGGUCCUGGCCCUGGUGGCGUGGAAGAUCUUCACUCUGUCAAGCAGCACGGCGGGCAAGCAGCAGGGGCAGAGCUGGAAGGGGGUCCUCACCGUGGCAGGGCUCUCGAGCCUGGUGGGCAUGACCUGGGGGCUGGCCAUCUUCACACCCCUGGGCCUGUCCACCAUCUACAUCUUUGCUGUUUUCAACUCGCUGCAAGGUGUCUUCAUCUUCUUCUGGUUCACCGUCCUCUACCUGCCAGGUCAGAGCGCCGCCACCUCCUCCUCUGGCACUGCCCGGCUGGACCAGGCCCCCACCUCUUCUCCUGAGUAGGAGCCCACGGUCCUGCCCUGGAGACAGCUCGGCUCACUGGGUGCCCUCGGGCAGCUCUCCGCCUCCCUCCGGGCCCCAGUCUCCUUCUCUGUGCCAUGUGGCUGCAGAGCUGGGGGGCUGGGGGUCAGCUUGCACCACGUGGCCUGGAGGAAAGCCACCCAGAUCUGUCUAUGGGCUAAGAGCCCACAAACCCGGACUGCAGGAGGCCAAGUCCCCAUCCUCCUGAGCCCCUCCUAGCACAGAGAGCCGCUUCACCUUCUGUGUGGCCUGUGUCACAAGGCAGCCUCCUGGCCACCGCCCACCUGCUGGUCACAGCACGGACCUGAACCAAAGAGGGGAGUGCCUUGUUGGCUCAGCCCUAAGGAACCCCAGCUCUCCCCGCCUCCUCAGUGCCUCCACAGUCACACCCAUGGAUGGCCUGCACCCGAGGGACCUCAGGAAGUCACCGCCCCUGGGUGACCAGGACUGCCAAUCCCUCCAGUUAUAAAUGGACGCUUGUUUGGGGAGCCUUCCUCCCAGGCACCCUGCUUCAGGUCUCUGUACCACCAGGGCCCAUCUUCACAGAAGAGACCCCACCAUUCACCAGGCUGCCAGCCCACCAGGUGUUUGGGAACACUGACUCUCAGAGGCACCACCUGGUGACUGUACCACCUCUAGCCAAGCCCCCAUACCCCACCCCAAUGGGCAGGCGAUCUGCUGACCUUGGACCUGCUGUCACCUUAGUAGGUGGAAGGCAAAUGGCCUAGAGCUCUGUGCACCUGCCUCACUUGUGCACCUGCAUGGGGCGGGGGCUCCCCAGGCAAAGGAUGGGCACCCUCCACACAGCCUGUAGAGCAGGAACCCAUCUUGAUGCCUUCUCCACCUGCCCGGCCAACCCUAGCCCAGGGCCUGGCACACUUCAAGCCAA